AUGUCGGCCAGCGGAGCGGAGGAGCGGGGCGGUUUGGAGGCGGCGGUGCUGGGUCGCCUCCGCGCUCUCCGGGAGCGCUGGCUGGGGGGGCGCCGCGAACGUGAUGCUACCGCCACGUUUGCAGAUCGCCUGCCUUCAGCGCUCCCAGAGGACGCAGAGGAAGUGAUCACCCUGCAGAUGCUGCCGAUUGAUGUGCAGCUGCACAUUAUGUCCUUCCUUUCACCACAAGAUUUGUGCCAUUUGGGAAGCACCAGUUUUUAUUGGAGGGCUACUGUACGAGAUCCGUUAUUGUGGAGGUAUUUUCUUGUGAGGGACCUCCCCUUUUGGACAUCCGUUGACUGGAAAUCGCUCCCAGAUGUGGAGAUAUUUAAUAAAACCUUUUCAGAGGUCAGCGAUAAUGAGCUGUAUGAUUACAUGGCAAUAUACAAAAAAAGCUGUCCUCAGAACAGAAGAAGUUUGAAAUCAAGCCGUCCCCGGUAUGAGGCUGUGACUUCAUUUUUGCACACACUGGUCACUCAGGCAGAACCUCGCUUUGCUAUGUUUGGGCCAGGUUUGGAAGAGCUGGACAACUCUUUAGUGCAAAAGAUGAUGACAUGCCCAGAUAUUCUGCUAGUAGCUGGCCUGCCUCAAAGACAAAUUCAUGGAAUUGGAUCAGGAGUCAGUUUCCAGUUUAAUAAUAAUCAAAAAUUCAAUAUUCUGACAUUGUACUCAACCACCAGUGCAGAAAGAAGAAGAGCAAGGCAAGAGCAAGCUGUUGCUGUGAAUAAGAUGUUCUACCAAGAAAACCAGGGGAAUCAGCAAGCCACACAGUACAGUGUAAUAGAUCAAGUGAAAAAGGUGUGCGAAGUAGUUGAUGGAUUCAUUUAUGUUGCUAAUGCAGAAUCCCAUAAAAAGCAUGAUCGUCAAGAAGAACUGGCUCGUAUUUUGGCAAUGAUUGAUCCAGCCCUUGGACCUGCGAACAGACCUCUGCUAGUUUUGUCUUGUGUCUCUCACGUUGAUGUGGAAAGAAUUCCAUGUGUUUACGUGGCACAUCAGUUGCAGCUAAAUCUGAUACAUCAGCCCUGGAUGGUACAGGACACUGUAGCUGCAACUUUAGCUGGAUUGGUAAAUGGAAUUGAAUGGCUCCUGGAAGAAGCAAAUUGUAAAAAUGCACAGUAA